AUGGCUACUCCCCCUGCUCUCACCAUUGAUCGAGCUUUUGGUGUCACCAACAUCAAAUAUCACAUCCCCUUGAUUCUGGAUCUUGACGACCACAACUAUGAUGCUUGCCAUGAACUAUUCCUUACUCAUUGUCUCACCUUUGACGUCUCUGGUCAUGUCGACGCUCCUCAACUCUUCCGCAGCUCCUUCAAAACUGGUGGUUCUGCCCGUGACAUCUGGGUCCGCAUCGAAAAUCAAUUCUGCAACAAUAAAAAAGCACGGGCGAUCCCGCUUGACAACGACCUACGUACGCUUCAGAUCGGUGAUCAGUCGAUUCAGGUGUACUGUCAAAAGCUUAAAUCCUUGUCUGAUCUCCUUGCCAAUGUUGAUGCUCCCGUCUCUGACCGGACUCUUGUGAUGUACAUUCUCAAUGGCCUCAAUGGCAAGUUUGAUUACAUUAUCAAUGUCAUCAAACACAAAGAUCCGUUUCCCUCCUUUGAAAGCGCAAAAAUCCAUGCUCGAGAUGGAUGA